AUGUCAAGAAGGCAUUCGCUCACCUCUGAUGAGCCCAGUGGGCUGUGUUGUCAGCGGUGGUCUUGGAGGAAUGGUACGUUAGGCAGAAUCUUCUGCUGCUUCUGUCCCAGAACAAGGGGGAGCUCCCCUCCCUAUCAGACCAAAAGGCAACUUCAAUGUUUCAAGUCUCCCAUUCUGGAGAACGAUACGGGGGUGGUUCAAAUGAAGCUGGAGACAGAUGCUGCCUCUCAAAGGUCAGUUCGGGAUCUCGGUACAGAAAAUCCCAGCUUCUCUAUUAUAGAGGACAUGGCACUGGAGGAGAAGAGGUCUGUUGGACGAUCUGUGAGUUCAGUGUCUUCCUCCCAGCGGGCCAGGCAGAAGAAGAAGCUCACUCCCUUAUCUUCCCUUCCCCUGCAAAACUGUUCUUCCAAGGGCGGCAAGACUAGCCUGUGCAGCGAUGAAGAAUCUGAGGUCUUAUUCUCGAAAGGUGGGGGAAGUUUUCUCACACCUCCCGUGAUCAACCUCAUCCCACCAACCCCUUCAGAUGUGAUUGACGACGACCAGUUCUUUGACAUCAACUCUGAAGAGGAGAGUGUUACCAACACUUCUGGCUGCGCGUGCAUGGACAGUGCUGGACGCCAUGUCACGGGGGACCAGCAGAGCUUAAUGGGAGGAACCGAUCAGACCCAGGCUUCCCAAGAAGUGGAUCCAAAGAGCAAAGGCCCAACUGGGAGCUCCAUGUUCAUCUUCGAACAGCAUGUGGACAGACCCACAGAAGGUCUGGAAAUGAAGUUGACCUCUGAGCCUGAAACAGACAAGUCAAGCAAACUAAAUCUCCUAUGGAGCACCUAUCAAGUGGCUCCUCUUCCUGAGUAUCCAAGAAAAAGAAGCUUCAAUGCCGGAAUAAAUUUGCUCCAGUUUACAGAACAGAAUCUUGAUGACUUGAACAGCAAAGACCCAAAGACCCACGAGUUACUGAAGGCCGAGCUGAGACUGCUUCCCCUCAGCACUAAGAUGGACCCUUUGCUUUGCCUACGAAAACCAGCAGCUAGAACGUGCAGUUUGGGAGAUGUUGUGUCAAGAAGUCAGACUUUUGAGAUGCUUAGAAAAGGUAGAGAGUCCAGGCCAGAAGAGGAAGGAUCGCCACGACAACGACGGGUAACUGUGGCAUCGUACAUUCCUCAGGCAAAAGAUCAGGAUGGGAUUUAUUCUGGACAGCUUUGUUCUCCUGGGAAGAAAGCCAAGGCACUGGGGGAACUCAACACAGAGGAGACCUGCUGGUGGUUUACCAAGCUUGGGCUGCAGAAAUACAUUCCCUUUAUCAGAGGAGCCAAUCUACGAGGGUCCCACAUCGCUUCUAUUGAUUUGGAGAUUCUUGAUCUUCUACAUGUGUCCACCCCAGAGGAGAGAGAGUGUUUGCUCUCAGCUGUGUACCGUGAGCUUCAUCCUCCGGAUACAACCACCCAGGAACUGGAUACACUACUGGAGACUAUAGGCUCAUACAAUGUUGAAAAAUUCACAGCCGCAUUAGUUAAUCUAAGCAAGGCAAAGUCUCUGCAGUUUUCGGACAACGCGAAAGCCAUCCCUUGCCAGUUUCAGUUCAGUCAAAGAGGAGAAAAGGGACUAAAUAGCAAUAUACAGAAGGAUUCUCAUCUGUUGGAAUUCACUAUAAAAGCACUUGAGCAGAAAGUUCAUCUCAGAUUCCCUAAGGAAACAAAGGUUGGAAAAGUAAUUGGGACUUGUCUGAAGAUGCUGGGGGUGGCUGAAAAUAAAGAUCUUUUCAGCCUAAAUACUUUGACAGGAAAAAGCAAGGAAGGCGUCCUAAAUGAGUUUCCACCUGACAGGCAGGUUGGUGACUUGAUAGAUCCAGAAACGACGCAUUUGGAGCUGCUCUUGUGUAAAAAGGACAAUACGCUGAUGAAAUCCUGUGGGUCAGAAGAGAUCAGCUCGAAAGUAGAAAACAGAGAACAGGCUGAUCCUUCCCACUCUGUCUGCAAUCAAAACCAGCAGAUGGAUCUCGAAAACAAGGAAGACAAGAGAAGAGAUUUAAGCCAGCAAGUGGACAGACUUCAGAAAGUCAUUUAUCAGGUUCAAGGACUUCACCAGAGUCUGGCUUCUUUCUGUGCGGAACUACGAGACACGGAUGCUGAGGCUGAUGUCGAAGGAAUGUGCCUUGGUGACACUGUAGUGGGGCUUCAACAGACAGAACGGAAACGAACAGAAAAGGAGCUGCUUGUCGGGGGUUUGCGGCAAAGGCUGAGUAGCCUCAGGGCACACACAAGUGGCCCCAUUGAAGUGCACCUUUUUGACAAGAUGAAACUCGAUUGCCAAAUCUUUAUGGAAGAGAUCAACAUAAUAUUUCUGAAUCAGCAGAUGGCUCGUUUGAAGUCAGCACAUCAAAUAUGCAAAGUCAAGGCCAGGGACAACAUGACGAGCUGUACGUUGGGCCAGCUGCUAUCCCAUCAGCCCCCAGCAGUGCUGUUAGCUAUUCAGGAGACAGCGACUGCUGGCACUUAUGGCUUCAGAGUACAGCUAAAAGAAGGGAGCGGACUUGUGGUUGUAGAUGUUGGAAAUUCCAAACUCUGCGUGAAUGACAGAUUGGUGGAGGUGAACGGGGUGAGCGUGGUGGAUUACAGAGAGGAAGAGCUGAAGCCAUUACUCAGCUGUCAAAGCUGCCUAAUUGUUGUUCUGCGAAGGCCCGUCCCUUUCAUUUCUUAGCCCUGUCCGUGCCUUGAUGUUCAGGACGAAGCAGUCGGCAAUCAAGAGUCCGACGAGACCGGGCCUGAGGGACUUACCAGGCCACUGAAACCUCUGAGCUCAGUAAGGCGAGGGUGAAGGCACACAGAUGCAAAGUGGACACCAAGCUAAAUCCUUUGGUUUGUAUAAAAAAAUCUAUUUUCUCUUUUUCCAUUACUCUUGAACCUUCCCACGUACGAUUCAAGAGAUAUUUCCACUAACGAUUAAAGAAGAAGUAGGCAGGAAAAAAAUGACUUUAUUCACAUUAGAAGACAGAGCUGUUGUGUUUCUCCCUUUUCGUAGCCUUUGGACUUUUACAGCCUGCUUUUUUUCCCACUCAAAGGAGUCACCUUUCUGGGUUGUUGCGUGACCUCCACAACAAGCACCUUCUUAUUUAUGCAAGAAUGUGCGUAAUAACAGGUCUAGAGAAGGUUUAUGUGUUCUGCCCCUUCUUUAAAAAAGCACCCCAAUUCCAUUAGAAACCUUUUUUUUAGACCUUGACAAUUAGAGUAGCUUAAGGUCAAGUGAAGGUCCGGUAAAGAGGGCUCUGCCUAUUUACUUUGUUUUCCUGCUGCUUUUGUUGGUCUCACAAAUUCCAUUCGAUCAUUCAAUUUGUCUGGGAUUUUUCUGGGAUCCAUGAGUGAAAAUGUUGUUUGUUUAACAUACUCUUGUGCAUGUUUCUAUACUAUGUAACCACACCACACCUUGAGACAGGUCAGUUUAUUGACAUUUAUUUAUGUUGCAAAUACUUAGGGGUGCUGAGAUAGCUCUGCCUUGAGGGUGACAGUAUACUGAGAGUGAGUGGCACUGUGUGUUAUCCUAUAUGUAACCUAUGCACCUCCUUGUUGCAGCUGUUGAUAUAUGCUGUCAUGCAGCUUGUCCUUUUUCUCAGGUUCACUGCUUGCCCAUUAAUCAAGUUACAAAUAGUCACUUGGGGCCACAUAUGAAGAUAACCUCACCUUGCUGCUCAGCAGAGAAAAAUACAUGUAGAAGUCUUGUUUUCUUUCUGUGCUACUUAUCAUUGGUGACCUAAAAGCUUAAUUGUGCUGUUUGUGGGUGAAAUAAAGAACU